AUGUUCGCCAACAUGCUUCCUGAAUUCAGAGAGCGCUGGGGAUACAGCUCAUUCAGGAAACUGGUGCACAUCGGGCAGCUUUGGAAGCUAGAUGAUAGCGAAUGCGAGAAUGGGUUUUCGUCAGGACCGAGCACGUAUGAUGGGAGCGACGAGGAGGACGAGGAGGACAACGACGAUAAUGAAGAAGAUGAGGACGAUGAGGGGGAUGACGACGAUGAGAACGAUGAGGAUGACGAGGAUGAUUAUGAACAGGCAUACUACCACAGCGAUGACGAUAGUAACCAAGGAGACUAUGAAGCUUCCUAUGACGACAUGGAGCGAUGGGGAAAGAUUCACUACAAAAAGCGGCAGACCAAGUCCCAAGUCGAGCGACAGGCAUGCCAUCGCCUAGCCAUCGGAAUGUAUUCCAAGUUGCCGCGCGAACUACGGGAUAUUGUCUACGGAUACGCCAUCAAAGAGCCGUUUUUGAUCCGCGUGCCCGACUUCCAACAACUGAAAAACGCCGAGGUGCCAUCGACACAGCGCAUAUACAGCCAAGUCUACGUUGGUGAGGAAGUCGCACGCGAGGCAGCCGAGUAUUACUACUCCAAACAGUACAUCAUCGCCAAAUUCCAAACUCUAAGAGAAACCCUUACUCAAGACGUCUUUCACUUAGGCGUUAAACCCUACAUGCACACUCGAGAACUGCAUGUUCGCAUCAACAAUGACAAGAUCAGCGGCUGUCUUGUGAAAGAGGCAGGGGCAGACGCCAAUGGCCGACUCAUUGAGAAUGUAUACGUGGAAAACUGUAUAGCGCAGGAGAAAGGAAACCUAAAUGAUCUGUACCAGAAGCUUGAAGCCGGAUUUGCUCUCUUCAAAGGAAAGAGAGAGCCUUCGUUGCUGAAGCUCCGCAUCAUUAUCAAGAUGUCUGGGUACUCCAACGCUUACUAUGAGCACACCCAAGAAGGCGUUACCGCCAUGCGGGAUUACGAACGCAGGUUCAUGAAUGUGCUGGAAACAAUACGCAAACCGGUGUAUGACAUGAUACACGCUGGGUGUAAUGUCGAAGUUAAAUUUGAAAAAGAAAUGAUCAGCGCCGUGGACCGCUAUUGGGGCGAUGGCACAGACAGUGGCAUUGAAAGUGAUUCGGAUGAAGAGACCGAUAUCUAUAUGCGUCUGAACUUGACACCGGCAUUAUUCCAUCUCAGCAAAGAGGAGUGGGAAAAGGUUCGUAGCUCUCCUAGGCGCACCCCACCACGAGCCACACUGACACCCACCCCCCUCCAGGAAAAAGCCACAAACAUCUACAUCCACGGCCGCUACAACCCAAAAGCACACUACAAAUCGCACAUCCUCCUCCGCUACACCCGCAUCAACAAACACUACCAAAUGGACUUCGCCAGAAACCUGCCCGAGUACAGAGCGAGAUGGGGCUAUACAUCAUUCGAGAAGCUGUUACAUGUUGGAAGAUAUAUCUAUGGGCCGGAAGAUGCUGGUGACGCUAAAAGCGAGGACUCGGGCGGCUAUUCGAUGCCGUGCUAUACGAACAGCAGUGCGUAUAGUGACAGUGAACGCCCGGAUGGUUGGACCCAUUGGUCUGAGGAGGAUGAGGAUUUUGAGGAUGGAGACGUGGGUCGUCAUAGUGACGACAGUUUGGACGAGUGGGCAAUGGCCCAAAUUGCCUAG